GCAAUAGCCAAGUGAAGAUGGCGACGAAAGAGAACUCUCUGGACAGCAUUCGCUCUCCAAGAUCGCACCAUGGAGCACGUCAGAGCUCCAGUAGCCACAUGUCGGAGCCUUCAGCUCGAAAUUGGUAUCUGCAUCGACUGUACUUGCGCUCCGAAUUCAAGGAAUGUCUACGAGUGAUCGAAGGAGUGUUGAGAGAGCAUCAGGGACUGAGCGAGUACCCGUUGUAUGUCAAGGCUCUGAUCCUACGCCAGUCUGGACGAAUCCAAGAGAGUUUGCAACUGUUCCAAGCUGCAGCAUGUCUGAAUCCAGAGAACAAGGAGAAUCUCAAGCAAGUCGGACGAUCUCUCUAUCUAUUGGGUAAGCACACGGCUGCCAUUGAGGUGUACGAGGAGAUCUUGACCAUGGGACGUGUGGACGACUGGGAGAUUUACCAUAGCAUGGGGCUUUGCCACAUGUACCUUAAGGACUACGACCGCGCGGCGCAGAAUUUCCAGCGAGCGAACACUAUUAACCGCCAUGAUGCGACUUUCCUCCAACUGGGCAAGGUGCACACGCUUCGGGAGGACUUUAAAGCUGCAAUUAACGUCUAUUUGGAGGCAUUAGAGUUCUCACCGGAGAACCCGGAGAUCUUAACGACGCUCGGACUGCUCUAUCUUCGUGUCGGCGAGAACUUUCGCGCCUUCGACUACUUGGGCAACUCACUUACGCACGAUCCACGAAAUCCGAAAACAAUCCUUGCUGCAGGCUCGAUCAUCCAGGAUCACGGGGAUAUGGACGUUGCCCUCGUAAAGUACCGCGUGGCUGCGGCUCAGACACCCAAUUCGGCUCAGCUUUGGAACAAUAUCGGCAUGUGCUUCUUCGGUAAACAACGCUACGUAGCGUCCGUGGCCUGCCUCAAACGUGCGCUGUACUUGGACCCGUUUGAGUGGAUCACGUCGUACAAUUUAGGCCUCGUGCACCUUAAUACGGGCCAGUACGCAUCGGCGUUCCACUUCUUUAGCGCCGCCAUUAACCUAAAACCAGACUUCCCAAGCUCGUACAUGUACUUGGCCAUCACGCUGAGUCGUCUGGACGACUUCGAGAACGCCUGCAGUGCAUUCGACAAGGCCAUCGAGAUGGAGCGAGAUCACAUGUUCCACCUCAACUAUGCCAUCACGCUGUACAACAACGACGAGAUGGAGCGAGCCAAAGUGCAGUUCGACCGCUUCGAGGAGAUCUUUGAGGGUCUGGACGAAGAGGCUCGUUCGGCCGACCCAGAGGUGCAGGAGCAGCGUCAAGCUCUGCUAAAUGCCCUAGUGGACUGACUGCAAGAUGAGCAAGGAAUUCGCUCCGUGUCACGGCUUUAUAUUUCUAC